CGCCGGGGGGUGCCGGGAAGGGAGGCGGGCCGGGCCGCAGAGUCUGCCCGAGCGGGCAGUGGGCGCGCAGACGACGGGCCACGAGAAUGGGCGCGGAGUCCCCGGAGGGCCGGCAGCCUCAAGGAUCUAACUGACGCCGGCCGCGGCCGCCCGCGCGGGAGCGACAUGUGUGCGCGCCUCGAGUCCCAAAGACGCUCACAAAGGAGGAAGAAACAGACUCAGAGAAGACAAGUUACUGGCCCCAGGUGGUGUGAGUGUGGAUGACUUCCAGAAAGUGCUAAUGAAGACAGGCCUAGUGCUGGUGGUACUGGGCCACGUGAGCUUCAUUGCAGCUGCCAUCCUCCAUGGCACCGUGCUGCGCUAUGUGACUGCUCCCCAUGAUGCGGUGGCUCUGCAGUACUGUGUGGUCAACAUCGUGUCCGUCACUUCUGCCAUUGUGGUCAUCUCCUCUGGCAUUGCAGCCAUCGUGUUGUCACGCUACCUCCCCAGCACCGCUCUGCGCUGGACAGUGUUUAGCUCCGGUGUGGCCUGUGCUCUUCUCUCUCUGACCUGUGCACUUGGCCUCUUGGCCUCGAUCGCAGUGACCUUUGCCACCCAGGGCCGGGCACUGCUAGCUGUCUGCACUUUUGGGAACCCUGACCUGCUGGCGCUCACGCCCGACUGCCCUUUUGACCCCACACGCGUUUAUAGCUCCAGCCUGUGCCUUUGGGGCAUCUCACUCGUGCUGUGUGUAACGGAGAGUGUGUUUGCCGUGCGCUGCAUCCAGCUUGCCCACCAGGUGCUGGAACUGAGGCCCUGGUGGGGGAAAAGCAGCCACCACACCAGUGUCCUGAAGGAGACCCAGCCCAGACCCAGUGGCAGCAGCCUGCUGUGUGUCCACAGAUGCAGGAGAGCCCAGAGCCUGUGGAGGGCCACGACCUGAUCAGCUGCACCAGCUCUGUGCCGCUGACCCUCUGAGAGCGAUGCCUCAUCCAGGGCCAUGGCUGCUGGGCCUGCAACCAAGCCUGCACUUCAACUGGUGCCCGGAUGGCCCCAGAAUCCCUGGAGCCAGCCCAAGAGGGCUCAAUGGACCUUGGGGACCCAGGAGUGGGGUUUCAACUCCCGGCCCCAGCCACCUAGCCCACUGCACUGAAACGAAACUUUAUUCAGAAGUUAUUAAAAAGAACAAAGAUG